CCGCCGGUCGCUUCGCGGCCGCGGUGGAAUCGAGAAAUUGACCAUGAUGGACAUGUCGGUAGACAUGGUGAACAAGUGGCGGGAGUUGGAGAGUGCUACUGACGACGGCCCCGAGAUGAACUUUAUCGUUGGAGAUGAAGAGUAUCUUCCUAUCAAAGAGAACUCCCAGGAUUUGAUAAUGAGCUGUCUUGGACUUCAUUGGACAAAUGAUCUACCUGGAGCAAUGAUACAGUGUAGGUUGGCGUUGAAGCCUGAUGGCCUUUUUCUUGCAGCAAUUCUUGGCGGGGAGACUCUGAAGGAACUAAGAAUUGCAUGCACAAUUGCUCAAAUGGAACGUGAGGGAGGCAUCAGUCCUCGAAUGUCGCCAUUAGCACAAGUCCGUGAUGCAGGAAACCUUUUGUCAAGGGCAGGCUUCGCCCUUCCAGGAGUUGAUGUAGAUCGAUAUACAGUCAAGUACAAUAGUGCUCUUGAACUUGUGGAACAUCUUAGAGCAAUGGCAGAAACAAAUGCUCUCUUUCAAAGAAGCCCUAUAUUAAAGAGAGAUACAGCACUAGCUACUGCAGCCAUUUACCAGUCAAUGUUUGGGUUAGAAGAUGGAACCAUUCCAGCAACCUUUCAGGUAAUUUACAUGACUGGGUGGAAGGAGCAUUCAUCACAGCAAAAGCCUAAGAGAAGGGGUUCUGCCACUGUAUCAUUUGGUGACAUAAGGAAACAAUUUGGUUCCAACCAAGACUGAAGAACUUUAUGAGCUAUGAAAACAUCUCUCGAGGAAGGAAAAGAAAACCCCUAUUUGCUCACAACAGAACUUGGGGUUUCCGAGGCUUCCCAUUUGUGGAAAAAGUGUACUCUGUUGGUUCCCACCAAAACUUGCGGAAGCGUUCCUUGCAUCGCUCACAAUCCUCUUCUUGUGCAUCUGGGUUGAUCUCGACACGCCCUGAAAACUGGAAGCGGAUCAUGGAGUGGACGAAGGAGAUGCUAUAUAUUUGUAGUCUGACCCUAGCCUACGUGUUUCCACUGUAUGCAAUUAAUAUCCCAUCACAUGGAAAAUGAUGUUUUUGUAGAACAAAAAUGUUGCGAUAGCUUUCGCCAAAUCUCAUUGAAGUUCUCAUUGAAACUUAUUUGCUUUGAGUUGUGAACUUAUUUGGUUUGGAGACUUUUUAUGUUACAUGGUGUGAGACAUGCUAUCCCUAUCUAUCUAUCUUUAUCAUGUUGUUUAAGUUCA